AUGAUGUUUGCUCAUGAGGACAUCCUGAACCAGAAGCCGAUCUCAUGGUUCCCGGGCAUGGCUGGUGCCUCUGAGCCCUGCAAGGAAAAGGAGGAUUCCAAGUCCGGCAAGUCCGACUGGAAUCGUUUCGAAAGCCAAGCCAGCACAGUGCCUCCUGAUCCUGCAGAGCAGUACCUCCGGUCAAUCAGCUGCGACAGCUCAGAGAGCGCAGGGCACAAGGCCCAUCAAGCGGAGGAGGAGGAGACCUCCGAGGAUGCCAAGGUCAUCUUGUAUCAGGAGGAAUAUGACGACGAAAGCAGAUUCCUGUUACGAGACUUUGGCUUCGGAGGCAGCUUAUCAUCAUGGGCACAGGAGCUCGUAGGAUCCGCGGGCUUGGUUGUCAGUGUCUCCUUCGUGCUGCUCGUAGUUCUGGCCCUCGCAAGCCCGCUGUCGUCCACAGCCAGCUGGAUGUGCUUUGGAGCGGUGAGGGUGAUGAUUGUCCUGACGUUCCUCAGCGGCCUUUUUAUGCUCCAGGCACCGCAGCCGGCCAAAGCCAUGCCUGAGGUGUCACCGUAUACCACAGAAGAGGCAUCUGACUAA